AUGGGUAAAUACUGCCACUCAGGAACCUUUUUAAAGGCUUCCGCUCCACAAAACUCAUCACAUGGGUGGCGAGGAGUUCUGGCUGGUAAGGAGGUUUUGCUAAAAGGACUAGGUUGGGUGGUGGGAUCAGGACAGAGUAUUAAUAUUUGGUCGGAGCCUUGGUUAGGAUCAGACCGCCCACUUGCUCCUAUGGGUCCUCUGACAGAAUCCAACAGAAACACCCUUGUCUCUGAUCUUAUUCACAGCCAGUCUGGUGAAUGGAACGUUGAAGCGAUUAGACUACACUUACCUCAGUAUGAGGUGCAAAUCAGAACUAUCCCGCUCAGCCAGUUCUCUAUGGAAGAUGAGUUGGUAUGGCUCCCAGACAAAACUGGAUCAUACUCAACCAAAACAGGGUAUGCUCUCUGUAAACUGAAUAUAGGUGAACCUGAUAUCACCUUCGACUGGAAGAAGCUUGUCUGGGGAGUUAAAACAUCUGCUAAACUCAAGCACUUCCUGUGGAAAAUACAGAACAAAGCCAUACCGGUGGGGGAAAAUUUAAUCAGGCGUGGAAUUGAGGUUGCAGGUACCUGUAAAAGAUGUGGAGUUCUUGAAACAGAGAGACAUGUGUUUAGUCAGUGCACUUUUGCGUCCCGAGUUUGGGAACUAAUCCCCGCAAUGUUCAAACCAGCGCCCUACGCAAUCUCUACCACAGCAUCCCUACUCCUAGCUUGCGGCCGCAUGAUUAAUCUACCACCCUCGGGACUCAGCUCUACUGAUCUUUAUCCGUGGGUGUUGUGGUAUCUUUGGAUUGCAAGGAACAAACUGCUCUUUGAAAAUAUGGUUAUAACAGAACAAGAGGUUGCAACACUGGCAAUCAGAGAAGCUAGGACUUGGCAGGCGGCCCAGAAGGAAAUUCCUACGAUACCAACCCAUCGACAAGGAGUCACAGUACCACGGUCAUGUGGUUCAUCACUAUCUAUCAACUGUUUUGUGGACGCUGCUUGGAAUGCAACCACCAAAGGAGGAGGCUUUGGUUGCAUAUUCAAGGAUCCUUCCAGCAACAUUACCAUCCACCAAAAUUCUGAAAACCGUUGCAUCGUCGGCUCUGCUUUUAUUGCAGAAGCUAUAGCGGUUAAAGUUGCCUUAUUGGAGGCAGCCCAGUUGGGAUUAAGAACGCUGACGAUUCAGUCAGAUUCACAGUCCCUCAUCAAGAUCAUAUCAACAAGGAAGAGGAAUAUUGAAGCACAAGGAGUGUUGUUUGAUAUUGAGCACUUAUGUACUUUCUUUUCAUCUAUCUCCUUUCAAUUUGUACCGAGGCUUAACAAUGCUGAGGCUGAUAGCUUAGCUAAACAGGCAUUGUGGAACCUCUCUAACUCUGGUUGA